UCCGCCUCCAAUAACGUUAGCGUUUGGUGAGCACAGAGUCUGGGACGGGACUUGAGAAACAACACAAGCAGCUGCAGCUGGAUCCUGAGCUCACCUCUGCGAAACAGGGCUUUGUUCCAGUGUGAGCCCUGAUCCACUGCCCGGCUGACGAUCCACAUCCUCAUUGCUAACUCAUGAAUUCACGCCCUUGUGUCUUCAUGUGUAGAUGAUAUGGGAGAGUCGUGGACAAGUGUGCCAAGAGAGAUGUCUAUAGGAAAUUAUGAGAUCUCAAGCAUAUCACAUGUGACAAUGUCUCCCUUUAGACCGAACAAUCUUGUGUCAAUGUACUCCUCCAUGCCACUGUCCAAAAGCUCCUACAAUGUGAUAAGUGCCUUUUGCACUGAGGAUAAUAUUCCUCAGUGCAUUUUAUACAUCAAUCAGGAGCUUGCCUCACUGGGCCUCUCUUCCACAUAUAUUGAGGCCAGCUCACCAGGGGGAGCCGUCCUGAACACAGUGCCAGCUCUGAAUGCCAUGUACGAGCUGCUGCAGAUUCGCAGGCGAAAUAUGUGCAAUUUAGAGGAGCUGGAGAACGAACAACUAAAAAGAUCCAGCACCUUGGAGCACAUGCAGAUGAACAAUUCCAGACUGAAGGAUCAAUUGGAAUUGUCAAUAAGGGAGAAGUCUGGUCUCCAUGAGACCGAGAGGCAGCUACAACUUAAAAUCAAGACUUUGCAGAGCUGCUUGAAAACUGAAAAAGAUGAGGUUCAGAAGCUCCAAAGUAUCAUUGCCAGUCGUGCUUGUCAGUACAAUCAUGAUGCCAAGAGAAAAGAGCGAGAAGCUGCAAAGCUCAAGGAACGCCUCAGUCAACUACUGGUGGACAGAAGGGACAAAAAAUUAGCUCUUGAUUUACUGAAUUGCUUGGGACGGUCAGAUGGAAAAAGGAGCCACUGGAAGACGGUGAAAGCGACAGCUAGCCACGAGGGUGAGAUGUACAAGUCCUUGCUCAGUGACUACGAGGCAAGUCAGAGGUCCUUGAUGGUAGAGAAUGCUGAGCUUAAGAAAGUGCUCCAGCAGAUGAAGAAGGAGAUGAUGCAUAUUCUAAGUCCACGUCAGCCUUCUGCCAGAGGAGCCACUGCCGAUGAAAGCCACGAACAGGCAGAUUCGGAUGGGGAGGAGAAAACGGGAGACUCUAGUAGAGAGACACUGGACCAGUCAUGUGAGCACGCCAAGGAGCAACUCACCAACAGCAUCCGCCAGCAGUGGCGGAAACUGAGGAACCACAUGGAGAAGUUAGACAGUCAAGCUUCUCAAGCACAGAAUCAACUGGAGUCCAAUAAAGAGGUGAUACCAGUGGAGACCCAUGAGUCUGAAAUGGAGAGGAUGAGGUGUGAAGUCCAGCAGUGCAAAGAGUUCAUUCAUGCACAACAGCAACUCCUCCAGCAACAACUGAACACGUCAUUCGAUGACGAGACUGCCGCUCUUCUGAAUGACUGCUACACCCUGGAGGAGAAGGAGCGCCUCAAAGAGGAAUGGAGGCUCUUUGAGGAACAGAAGAGAAACUUUGAGAGGGAGAGAAAGACCUUCACGGAGGCUGCUAUUCGCCUAGGGCGAGAGAAAAAGGCCUUUGAGGAGGACCGUGCUUCAUGGCUCAAGAAUCAGUUUUUUAACAUGACUCCAUUUCUAGAACGCCGGAGAUGUUCCUCAUCCGAUGGUCAAAGUGCCAUAUCAAUCAGAAGUGAGCCAGAGAUGCGGAUGUCUUCCACCAAAGCUGAAAUGACCAAGUCGUCAACCUACGCGACAUUCUCCACUCCCAAACCAACACAAAGUGCUGCCGUGCCAUCCACAACAGAACUUUACCGGACACUCCGCCUUAUGCCCGACAGCAGUUGCUCCAGGCGUUCAAAUCGAGGACGCUGGCAUGAGUCCGGCACCACCGAAGAUGAAGACACAUGUGGGAAGUCAAGAAACAGAGUUCGAUGUGGAGACCUGAGUAUCUUCUCUCUGGGUGAAGAUGAAAACAACCUCAUUUGAAGAACACUUUGUGCCUUUUUUUUGACAAGAAGAAAAUGUGACUGUGGUGGACUUGAGCAUUGAUCCACUGCUAAAUUUUCCAUCACCUCUGAACACUUAAUUUGCAGCAUUAUCUUUCUAUGUUGCAUUGUUGUGGACAUGGACAAAUAAUCAAUUCACCAAAGCUGAUAGAACAAGGAAGCACUUUAAAGCUCAAUCGUACUUUGUUGCAAAUGGACCAAAAAAAAGUUGCUCACUGCUUUUCUCAUGUUUCACAAUUUAACCAAGCAGUGUGCUGACCACCUCAUUUGUCUUCUAAAAGUAAAUUCAAAAUCUUUUCUUCCUCAUUUAUAUCAACAAUGUCAACAUUUUAUAAUCAAAAGGUAUCUCACACAUGGAUAUAAAUAAUCAAGCUGAUGAUACUAAUCAGGGUGAUAAACUGGAAACAGAAACGGCCAGCUGGAGGUGACGGAAACCUUUUGUUGGAGCAUGAGUUACAAAAGUGUCAAUUAAUCAAAAGUCUUGAGUGAACAAAUCAGCACUAGAUUUCAGAUUUUAAGCUAUAUUCAUGGGGAGAGCCUCUACCAAGUACAUGUUUGAAUAAGUGGAGUUGAUGUGUUUUUUAGUACAGACUGUAUGGAUUGUUUAAAGUUCAUUUCAAUGAUUGUGUAUAAUGAGUUUUAAUUGAAAGACAUGUUUAUUUUAUAAUGGCGUAACCUGCUGGUCUAACAGAACAAUAAAGAGAUUUUUAUUUA